GUGAGUUGUCUCUUUGUUUACUUCCGGUAACCUUUCUCCCCUGUUUGACAAGCUGCCCUGCAGAUCACCGGGACACACCAUGGCCCUUCAUCUGCUUCUAUCAUAGUAGCCACAGACACCCUUUCUGAAUCCGAAUUUCGAACACGGAUAUAAUUUUCGUAGUUAAUUGUAUAGUAGAAUUUGAUGACCAUGCAAGAGUAAAUAAGGAAGUCACGAAAGGCAGGGGUUUUAAACCACAUUUGCCAUAGGCCUAACCGGCUUCAAGUUGUGACUUACCACACGUAGUCCGGUAACAUAAGGACAUGACUUGAUGUAGGUGUGUCUGCCUGACAAUGGAGUGACAUGGAUCCGUCAACCAAACAGAACCUGGAUGUCAUCCUGAAAACGUUUGUGUCUGGAGGACUUGCAGGAUGUUGUGCGAAGACCACAGUGGCGCCUCUGGACAGAGUGAAGAUUCUGCUGCAGGCCCACAACAAGCACUACAAACAUCUAGGUGUGUUUUCCACGCUGAAGCAGGUGGUCCACAAGGAAGGCUUCUCCGGACUCUACAAGGGCAAUGGUGUCCAGAUGCUGAGAAUAUUUCCUUAUGCAGCCAUUCAGUACAUGUCAUAUGAGCAGUAUAAGAAGCUCAUAAAGACAUUUGCGAUAUCCCCUCAUGUGGUGAAGCUGCUGUCUGGAUCUCUAGCAGGUCUGACGUCUGUACUCUUCACCUAUCCACUGGAUAUGAUCCGCGCGCGACUGGCGUUCCAGGUGAAGGGGGAACACAUGUACCAGGGCCUGGUGGACACGUUCCGUUCAAUCGUCAGUGCAGAGGGAGGCUUCAAGGCCCUGUACCGGGGAAUCGUUCCUUCUGUCCUGGGAAUGGCACCAUAUGCAGGUCUGUCCUUCUAUAGUUUUGAAACACUGAAGAACUUUUUCCUGGACAAGUUUCCCGAUCACUUGGGUUCUCCAUGCCCCGAGAAUACCGGAGGUUUGGUUCUAACUCUUCCUGCAAAGCUUAUCUGUGGUGGAUUGGCAGGGGCUGUAUCGCAGACUGUGGCCUACCCUCUGGAUGUCGUCCGGCGACGUCUGCAGGUGUCCAUCAUGCUGCCGGACUCUCACAAGUACAACAGCGGCUGGCCCAACACGCUGUACAUCGUAUACAAGGAGAAUGGCAUCUGGCAUGGCCUGUACCGCGGUCUGACAGUCAACUACCUGAGGGUGAUGCCCAUGGUGGCUGUGUCAUUCAGUACAUACGAGACGGCCAAGAAGAUGUUCGGCCUGGAUACAGGAGCAGACAGGUGAUGUUGGCGGUGCAGGGAGGCCGCACAGACUGCUGACUGGGCUAGACGGGUCGCUCGGCGAGGCUGUAAUAUGUCUGUACAAAGGUACCUUGAUAUAGGCCGUGACAAGUCCGUACAGGGGUACCUCGAUAUAGGCCGUGACAGGUCUGUACAGGGGCCUUCUUUGAUAUAGGCCGUGACACGUCCGUACAGGGGUACCUCGAUAUCGGCCGUGACACGUCCGUACAGGGGUACCUCGAUAUCGGCCGUGACACGUCCGUACAGGGGUACCUCGAUAUAGGCCGUGACACGUCUGUACAGGGGUCCCUUGAUAUAGGCUGUGACACAUCCGUACAGGGAUCCCUUGAUAUAGGCCGUGACACGUCCGUACAGGGGUCCCUUGAUAUAGGCCGUGACACGUCCGUACAGGGGUACCUCGAUAUAGGCCGUGACACGUCUAUACAGGGGUCCCUUGAUAUAGGCCGUGACACAUCCGUACAGGGGUCCCUUGAUAUAGGCCGUGACACGUCCGUACAGGGGUCCCUUGAUAAAGGCCGUGACACGUCCGUACAGGGGUACCUCGAUAUCGGCUGUGAUGCGUCCGUUCAGGGGUGCCUCAAUAUCGACCGUGAAUCGUCUGUACGAGUUCCAUUUCAAUAAGUGGGGACUGAUUUAAGGAACGUUCAGGGACGAACAAACUGAUUUCUGAAUGGUUACUGAAAGUAUUUUAUCCAGGGACGAAGAAAUAGUUAGUGAAGGAGAAACAGCUGCUCCAGAAUGCAGAUGUAUUUAAGGAUUCAUAGAUUCAAAGACUGAAAGAUUCAGGGAUUCAUAUCCUUACAUUAAUAGCUCUGAAUUGCACUGUGCAUCAUCGGCAUACUGUAACUGUUGUCAACUACUGUCUCAGCAAGGUCUGGAACCUGCUUAGUUUGGAGAACAGUUUUAGAAAUAUUGUCAGCUGUGACAUAUUGCUGAAACAAGGGGAGGACCAUCCGAUUCUUUCAUAUUACUAUAGUUAAACUGUCCAGGGAUUGGGUAGUGUAGGAUUGUGGUUGUGUUUGCUGUGACUACAACCUACAACUACUGCUUUGUGUCACUGUAUAGAUUAUCCUAUGUUAAUAUCAUGAAUAUGUUAAUCAAAUAUAACAAUACAAAUUUCCUACAUCAUGGUAGGCUUUAGGAUAAACUGUAUGUUACCAUGGUUACUUGCAUGUCUCUUUGAGUGUGUACCUGGCUGAGUAGAGUUGUUGGUUGUGAUACAUUGUCGCCAGAUAUUGGUUUUUAAGUGAUGGGAAUGUCAGUAUUGUGAUAUAUUGGUUUGUAAAAUUAUUGUUUUGGUAAAAGUUUUUAAUAGUUUUUAGUCUUUUCCAAUAAUGUAUACUUGUUUGCAUUUAUCAAGUAAUAUUUUAUGAAACAGCUGACCUGAUUUUGUGUUUAUUUAUUAUUUGUGAAUUUGGUACUGUUGAUGUUAAUAAUAGCUAUAAAGGCAAAAAUGUGUUGUUUUCCCUUGCGUUAUUACAUAUCAGUGUGUGCCUGUAUAUUAACUUAUUGAGGAGAAAAACUUGAAAACAGAAAAGUACGACAAACUUUGAUGGCAGUAAGGUGAGGUCAACUUUUUUCUGGAAUAAAUUAAUUUUCACUA